GAGUGGAAGGAGAGUGAAGCCGGAGCAGAGACACCAGCAGGUGCUGAGGAUAAGAAAAAAAAAACAGGAUAAAAUAGAAAUAAGGUGCAAGAAAAGUAGGUUAUCAGGGAAAAGUCUGUCAAAAGAGAAACAUAAAGAGCAGCUAAUAGACAGAAAAUAUAAUAACAUCAAAUUAGUUUUUCCUAAGCUGGAGCCCACUUAUUAUCUUUCUCAGCCACCCUCACUAAGCCCUUUACUUGUACGGAUUCUCCUUCCACGGAUCAUUGCUUUCUCCUCUUCCUUCUCCUCGUCUUCGUCCUGUCCUCCUCCUUGACAGACAAAGCCACCAUGGAAACCGGGAGCCCCAGGAAGAUACAGUUCACUGUUCCCCUUCUGGACACCCACCUGGACCCAGAGGCAGCUGAACAGAUCAGAAGACGUAGACCCACACCUGCCACUUUAGUGGCAUCAAGUGAUCAAUCAUCCCCUGAAAUAGAUGAAGAUCGUCUCCCAAACCAGUUGUACAAGGCGGCAUUGUUGAAUUCCCCUCGACAACGGCGAAAAGGGCAAAAGGGAACACCUACAAUGAAAGAGCUGCAGUUCCUGGUAGAUCAUCACCUGUACAGGCAGCAGCAGGGAGCUGGGGAUGAGUGCUCCUCAGAGAGCUGCCUGUCGGACCGUCCCAGCCCCGACUCUGUUCCCACUGGGGAGGAGCUCCCACACGACGAUGAGGCCACUGCAGAGGCGUUUGAGAAAUUACGCUGCCAAAUGGAGGAGUUCUCCAGGGAGAGUCUGUUAGAAGCUGGAGGUGGACUCGAGUGCCCCAUCUCCAAGGAGAAAGAGGAUUGUUCCAGCAUUGCCAGUGUAUCAGAUCCCUCAUCACAACAAAACAACGCACAAGCAGACACAAAAGCAGCAGCAUCCAGUGCGAGUCAGCCAGCAGAGGAGAAAACAAAGAAAUGCAGCCUGGAGAAAGAGAAAUAAAGUGAUCCUCUGUACAACAACAACACUGCUCAGUCUACUCAGCCAGCCCAACCCAAUGACAGAAGAUUGUCUACAGAUCCACUUUUUAGAUACAUCAGGGCGUACAGUCUUUUUCUGUCUCAUUCACACAAUCACUUAUCAUAAAUGGCCCCUUUAAUGUUCAAAGGCAACAAAGAUUCUCUCUGUUUUAGACAUGAACAGUUUUAUUAUUAAAAAAUGUGCCAUGACUUCUGCAAUUAUUGUUCCAUCUCAAAGCAAUAUAAAUGUAUUUGUACCUCAUAAACAACUGGGACCGAAACCAUCAGUUUAAUUCUAAUAUUAUCAUUCAGUCCCACUGAGUAAUAUGCUGAAUCUCAAAUUAGUGGACAGCACAUCUUGGUUGGCUGACAGUUAAAAUAAAAUAUAUAUUUUUACACUACUGGAUUGGCCAUCUACAAAGACUGAAGUUAAAUUGCAUGCAACACCUGCAACGAUUUGUCAACUAAUCCAUAGAUCAAAAAUAAAUCUAUUAUUGAUUGAUUGUUAAUAAAGAUAAUCAUUAGUUGCAGCCCUAAUAGCAAAUAUAUCUGCUCUGUAAAUCUCUUGUCCUGUUUGAGAAAAAAUUAUAAACUCAAAGGGAGAAUAUUUCCUUCGUUUCAUGAUAGCGCAUUCUUUGCAUUAAUUUGUCUCUGUAGAUGGAGACCCUGUUCCCAUAUGGCCAAUCAAAGUGCUUCAUUUUAAAUUGCAUUUGCAUUAACUACACAACACAAAAAGCCACAGACUCAGAACAACAACAACCAACAUAAGAUUUCAUGUUAAAGUCUCCUCCUUAUCCUUCUUACAAACAUGAACAUGUCUUGUCCUACACCUUAGCUUGCUGAACGAGCGACCAAACAAACAUUUACAGGAGAAAAGUGCACUGCUAAUGUCAGUUUGCGGCUAGAUAAUUAUCUGCAGCACAUUAAACAGUAUUUAAACAUACUUGCAAAUGUCCACUUGGCCCACUUAGAUGUAGGUGUGGUCUUUACUCUCUACUAUCACUAACAACACACUGUCUGCACUUGACAUGUAGACUACAAUGUAAGUUUGUUUACUUUGUCUCUGGUUCAGUCUAUUAGAUGCUGCGAGUCACCUAGCUGCUAGGUUAUUAUUAAAAAAGCUAAAAACUAAAUGUGAUUUUAGUUGGACUUCAAAGUAACAGUGAGAAAGUAAUUACUGGUAAUAUCCCAAUAAACAACAGUGGUAUCGUGUCUAGUUACAAUAAUUUACUAAUAAUCAGACCAGACGCAGUGGUUGUAAAUCCCUUGUUAAUAUGCAACAAUAACAGAGGGUUGUUUCUGCAGAUGCAUUUACAUAUUUUGAAUUAACAAGGAAAAAAACAUCUCCAGUGAACACUCUCCUGUUCGACAAUGAAGGGAAUCUAAAUCCUGGUCAUAAACACCUUCCUGCUUGACACUGAAUCUUUACUGUAUUUCAUUUUGUAAUGGAGUAAAUUUAAAUCAAAUUGAAUCAAACAAACAUUUUAAAUACUGGACUGAUAUUGUACUUACUGGCAUUCCUUUUUAAUUGUAGUUUUGUAUGAAACAAGGACAUUAUAAAGUCAUCACCACACUCUAAAAUGUUUGUUAUUUCAUCUGUUAUUUGUAUCACUGAAGUGGCAUUAUUAUGUAGAUUACGUGACAAUCCUUCCAUAGCCUUCACAUUAUACUUGACAUGCCUGAAUGAAAUCAAACAAACUGAAGCAGAAAACUAAAGCCACCCUAGUAUUGAUGUCACUUUAGCAGAUUAAUCAGCCACAGUAUGAGCAGUUUAUUUCCCAGCUGCCAAAAAUGACCACUAUGUCCACAAUGAAUAAGAAGAACAGUUAAACAUUCCUGUGCAAGCUAUUGUUUUUUCCUCUGCAGUGUAUUUAUGGAAAAUGUAGUGUUUGUUUUGUUUUUGAAUGGUAAUAGUGUACUGAGUUUGCUUCCAAUUUUACUUGAAUUGAUUGAUUACUUCUGUAAUCUAAAUUUGUUUGAUACAAUAAAAUGUUUAAAUUGGU